UUUUUGGUUAAUAAUUUAAAUGGAAUAGAGAAGUGAUUUUAAAGUAAAAUCGAACAUAAAUCGCGUCCAGCUGAAGCUAAAAGCCUGCAGAAAUCUCUCCCCGGUGAAGAAGCCUUUGAACCUACAGUCUUUGGUGGAGGAGAUCCACUGACUCUCUAAUCAAUGGCUGAUCCUGAACUAGAAGCAAUUAGACAAAGAAGGAUGCAAGAGUUAAUGGCUCGACAGGGGGUGGGGAAUCAACAGAACCCUGAACAACAGAAAGCUCAGGAAGAUGCCAAGAGGGAGGCAGAUGAACGGAGGCAAAUGAUGCUUAGUCAGAUUUUGUCCAGUGAAGCACGCGAAAGACUUGCUCGAAUCGCCUUGGUGAAACCUGAGAAGGCUAGGGGUGUGGAGGAUGUUCUACUAAGAGCUGCUCAGACAGGCCAGAUAGCUGAGAAGGUUUCAGAGGAGAGGCUUAUAUCGCUGUUGGAACAGAUAAACACCCAAACAACUAAACAGACCAAAGUCACCAUCCAGAGGCGUCGGAGUGUUCUUGAUGAUGAUGAUUAGAUCAAACUAAAAAAUGUGAAAACCUCUGCCUGAUUUGUGGGGUAUAUUUACAUAUUCAUGCAAUUAAUGGACCAGCUUUUAAUGGAUUCUUGAUAUAUUUUAAGACUUGUGUUUCCUCUGCAAUGCUGUUAUGGUAUAUUGAGCAAUAAAGCUGGCGGGUGCUGGCUUAGAGUUUUAAAGAGUAGUGUCGAAAUGCUCUGUAAGUUAAAAUAUUAUAGAGGUUUGCUAAGUGAUGCUUCAUAUGAAAA